AUGGCUGAAGCCAGUGUUUCAGAGGAGCACUUCAUUUGUCCACUGUGUUUGGAUCUACUAAAUAGUCCAGUGACUAUUCCCUGUGGACACAGUUACUGUAUGAGCUGCAUUACAGACUGCUGGGAUCGAGAGGAUCAAAAGAGAGUCUACAGCUGCCCUCAGUGCAGACAGACCUUCAGUCCAAGACCUACUUUAGGUAAAAACACCAUGCUGGCUGAAGUGGUGGAGACAUUGAAGAAGACCAAACUAAAAUCUGCUGUUCCUGCUGGACCUGGAGAUGUGGAGUGUGACAUCUGUACUGGAAGAAAACACAAAGCUGUCGAGUCCUGUCUGGUGUGUCUGGAGUCUUACUGUCAAACUCAUUUUGAGCAUCAUAAGGAGUUUUGCUCAGGAAAGAAACACAAAGUGACUGAUGCCACUGGACGACUGCAGCAGAUGAUCUGCCAUCAACAUAAUAAGCCUCUGGAGGUUUUCUGUCGUACUGACCAGCAAUACAUUUGCAUGUUGUGUGCAAAGGAUGAACAUAAAAACCAUGCAGCUAUCUCAACUGAAGCAGAGAGGACAGAGAAAGAGAAACACUUGAAGGAGACACUGCAAAAGAGAAUCCAGCAGCGCCAGAAAGAUCUUGAGCAGCUGAGAGAGGCUGUGGAGUCUCAUAAGCGCUCUGCACAGACAGCAGUGGAGGACAGUGAGAGGAUCUUUACUGAGCUCAUCCGCUCCAUUGAGAGAAGCCGCUCUGAGGUGACACAGCGGAUCAGAGAUCAGGAAAAGGCUGCAGUGAGUCGAGCUGAAGGACAAAUGGAGCAACUGGAGCAGGAGAUUGAUGAUCUGAAGAGGAGAAACACUGAGCUGGAGCAGCUUUCACACACAGAUGAUCACAUCCAUUUCCUGCAGAGUGUUCAGUCUCUCUCACCUCUUCCUGAAUCUAAAGACAACUUCAUUGGCAGUUUCCUCUUUUCGUUUAAUGAUGUGAGAGAAUCCGUCAGUCAACUGAGACAGAAACUGGAGGAUUUCUGCAAAGAGGAGAUGAAAAAGACAUUGGUCUCUCACAGUAACAUUGCUUCCAGGACACGAGAGGACUUCCUACAAUAUUCCCAUCAGCUCACUCUGGAUCCAAACACUGUACAUAAACUCCUCCGUCUGUCUGAGAGGAACAGAUUGGUGACUAACCCUGACAAACUCCAGACAUAUCCUGAUCAUCCAGACAGAUUUUAUAAAUGUCUUCAGGUGUUGUGUAGAGAGAGUGUGUGUGGACGCUGUUACUGGGAGGUUGAGUGGAGUGGGAAAGUUGGUGUGGGUAUAUCAGUGUCAUAUAAGAGCAUCAGCAGAAAGGGAUCUGGUGAUAAGUGUUUAUUUGGAUGCAAUGAUCAGUCCUGGAGUUUGUCCUGCUCUCCCUCCAGUUUCUCAUUCUGGCACAAUAACAAAGAGACUAAACUCUCUGUUCCCUCCAGCUGCAGUAGAAUAGGAGUGUAUGUGGAUCACAGUGCAGGGACUCUGUCCUUCUACAGAAUCUCUGACACAAUGAACCUCAUCCACACAGUCCAGACCACAUUCACUCAGCCACUCUAUCCUGGGUUUCUGGUUGGUUUUAAAUCAUCAGUGAAGCUGUGAUUUUCUGCUGAUACUCAUUUCAAACAUUUAGUACACUGGACACACUGGAUUUUUACUGGACAUAUUUGUGUUAUAUAAUAUUUUUGUGUCCUUACUGUUAUAAAUGUUAAGAAAAUAACUUACUGUAUGUUAUUUUUAAUGUAACAAAAUUUGAAGGAAAAUUAGAUGUCCAGUAUACUGACAUUUGCAGUUUAAACUGUCCAUAUUACACACAUUGCAUGUUAGCAUGAUUACAAUAGGACUAACAAUAACAAUGUGUAUAUUUGUGACGCGGCGGUCGAAGAAUCGUGAGACAGUGGAUCCAUAUGCAACAGCUUUAUUGAAUCGGACAGUGUAAACAGGCUGUGGUCAACAACGGCAGACUGGCGUGGUGAAGACAAAUCCGAGAGAGUGGUCAAAGUCCAUGCAAGGGGUCGGGGCAGGCGGCGAUCAAAGACAGUAAUCCGUGGGGUAAGCAAGGGUCGUAAAAGGGCAGGCAGCAAGGGUUCACACACGAUAAUAACAGUCCGGUUGGCAACAGAGAAACAGUCCGAUAAUAAUACGCUCAGGAUUGGGGACA